AUGGCUAGUAACUCGGGUUCUGCAGAUUUGCGGACGGCGAAGAAGGUCUCUGCUGCGGAGAAACGGUCCCAGAAGAAGGGCGGGGCGGCCAACGGUAACGGUACCGGGAAUGGCAAUGACAACGGCGUUGCCCCAGUUUCCGAGAAGGAGAAAAAGAAAUACAAUUUCUUUGUGCGUACGGUGUGGACCCUGGUGAUGAUCUGUGGGUUUUUCGUAACGCUGGCGUCUGGGCACAUAUGGUGUGUGCUGCUGGUGGUGUACUGUCAGGUGGCCACGUUCAGAGAGUGCAUUGGUGUUACGACACUCUCGUCACGCGAGAAGAAGCUGCCGUUGACGCGCACGCUCAACUGGUACAUGCUGUUCACAACGAUCUACUACCUGGACAGCCAGGAGUUUUACCAGUUCUUCGGACCCUCCUUCUUAGAGUACAAAGUGCUCAGCAUCAUUAGAUCGAACCACGGGUUCAUCUGCUACUGCGCUUACCUGUUCGGGUUCGUCAUCUUUGUCAGCUCGUUGCGGAAGGGCCACCUCAAGUUUCAAAUGGGGUCGCUGUGCAUUACACACAUGGCGCUGCUGUUCAUUGUGUUCCAGGGCCACCUGAUUAUCAAAAAUAUCCUUAACGGGCUGUUCUGGUUCCUAUUGCCCUGUGGGCUCGUCAUCGUGAACGAUAUCUUCGCGUACCUGUGCGGGAUCACUUUCGGCAAGACCAAACUGAUUGAGAUCUCGCCCAAGAAGACUCUGGAGGGGUUUAUGGGUGCAUGGUUCUUUACAGCGCUUGCUUCAGUCAUCUUGACACGGUUGUUGUCACCAUACACUUACCUGACGUGCCCAACGAAGGAUUUGAAGACGAACUUCUUUUCCGCGCUGACGUGUGAGUUGAACCCAGUCUUCCUACCGCAGACGUACAAACUGCCCCUCGUGUUCUUCGAGGAGAAAUUUGGAAUCAGUUCCAUCACGAUCAAGCCAAUCUACUUCCAUGCGUUGAAUCUCGCCACGUUCGCGUCGCUGUUCGCGCCCUUUGGAGGGUUCUUUGCUUCAGGGCUCAAGAGGGCCUUCAAAGUGAAGGACUUUGGACACUCGAUCCCAGGGCACGGCGGGAUCACAGAUAGAGUGGACUGCCAGUUUCUGAUGGGAUCCUUUGCAAACUUAUACUACGAAACGUUCAUCUCCGAGAACAGGAUAACUGUGGAGACUGUCCUGUCCACAAUACUUAUGAACCUGAACGAGAGAGAGAUCCUGCAACUGGUUGCCACAUUGCUGGACACUCUCAAGAAAAGAGACGUCUUGAACGUUGAAAAGUUACAAACAGCCAAGGACAUGCUUGAUACGAUAGUGCAUUGA